GUUGCUUGCUUAUUCAUUCAGAGUGGGAAAGCGCCAGCCCAGCGCGGCCAGCCACAGCCGGGCUGGCCAUGUAAGGCCCCCAGGCGGCCCUGCCUGCCCGGUGCCCUACAGAGAGCCUCGUGCAGCCCUGGGCACCGCCCCUGCCCUGCCCUGACCCCCUUGGCCUCGAAAUGCUGUCAUCGGAGGAGCCGUCCCGCUCGGGACAAGGCCAGGAUGGACAAAGCUAGAGCUGGGGCGGGCAAGGAGCCGUCCUGUCCUCGAGGCCGUGGGAAGAGAAGCACGCACGGGGGACCACUCCUGAGAGCCUCUCGGUCAACCGGGCCUCCGCAGAGGGGCCACCAUGGCUCUGGCCCUAACCGGCUGGCAGCUGGUGUGGGGCGCCUGCGUCUGCGUCCUGGUGCGCGGGCAGCAGGCGCCGCCAGGGCAGGGCUCGGACCCGGGACGCUGGCGGCAGCUGAUCCAGUGGGAGAACAACGGGCAGGUGUACAGCCUGCUCAACUCAGGCGCGGAGUACGUGCCGCCGGGGCCUCAGGGCUCCGAGGCUAAUUCCCGGGUGCUGCUGGCGGGCGCGCCCCAGGCCCCUCCGCGGCGCAGCCAGGGGGGCCUCCGGCGUCGGCAGGCCCCGUCCCUGCCCCUGCCGGGGCGCGUCGCCUCGGACACCGUGCGCGGUCAAGCGCGGCACCCCUUCGGCUUCGGCCAGGUGCCCGACAACUGGCGCGAGGUGGCCGUCGGGGACAGCACGGGCAUGGCCCGGGCCCGCACCUCCGUCUCCCAGCAACGGCACGGGGGCUCCGCCUCCUCGGUCUCGGCCUCGGCCUCUGCCUUCGCCAGCACCUACCGCCAGCCGUCCUCCUUCCCGCAGCAGCAGUUCCCCUACCCGCAGGCGCCCUUCGUCAGCCAGUACGAGACGUACGACCCCGCGACGCGGACCUACGACCAGGGCUACGUGUACUACCGCAGCGCGGGCGGCGGCCUGGGCGCGGCGGCCGUGGCCUCGGCGGGGGUCGUCUACCCCUUCCAGCCGCGGGCGCGCUACGAGGAGUACGGAGGUGGCGGCGGCGAGGAGCAGCCCGAGUACCCGCCGCAGGGCUUCUAUCCCGCCGCCCCGGAGAGGCCGUACGCGCCGCAGCCCGCCGACGGCCUGGACCGGCGCUACUCGCACAGCCUGUACCACGAGGGCACCGCGGGCCUCGAGCCGGCCUACCCCGACCCGGGCCCCGACGCCGCGCAGCCCAACGGCGGCGGCGGCGGCGGCACGUACGGCGGCGGCGGCGGCGACCCCCGCUUCGGCUGGUACCCACCCUACGGCAACAUGCCGCCCGAGGCCUACAGCCCGCCGCGGGCCGUGGAGCCGCAGCCCCCCUUCCGCGUGCUGGAGCCUCCCUACCUGCCGGUGCGCAGCUCCGACGCGCCCCCGCCGGGCUCCGAGCGCAACGGCGCGCAGCAGGGCCGCCUGAGCGUGGGCAGCGUGUACCGGCCCAACCAGAACGGUCGAGGUCUCCCUGACUUGGUCCCAGACCCCAACUACGUGCAAGCGUCCACUUACGUCCAGAGAGCCCACCUGUACUCCCUGCGCUGUGCUGCGGAGGAAAAGUGCCUGGCCAGCACAGCCUACGCCCCCGAAGCCACCGACUACGACGUGCGGGUGCUGCUACGUUUCCCCCAGCGUGUGAAGAACCAGGGCACAGCGGACUUCCUCCCGAACCGGCCACGGCACGCCUGGGAGUGGCACAGCUGCCACCAGCACUACCACAGCAUGGACGAGUUCAGCCACUACGACCUGCUAGACGCAGCCACAGGCAAGAAGGUGGCCGAGGGCCACAAGGCCAGCUUCUGCCUGGAGGACAGCACCUGUGACUUCGGCAACCUCAAGCGCUAUGCCUGCACCUCUCACACCCAGGGCCUGAGCCCGGGCUGCUAUGACACGUACAACGCAGACAUCGACUGCCAGUGGAUUGACAUCACCGAUGUGCAGCCCGGGAACUACAUCCUCAAGGUGCAUGUGAACCCAAAGUACAUCGUUUUGGAGUCUGACUUCACCAACAAUGUAGUGAGAUGCAACAUCCACUAUACAGGUCGCUACGUUUCUACAACAAACUGCAAAAUUGUCCAGUAA